AUGACAGACGUGUCUGUUCGCCCACCGUUCGAUGUAGGAUACAAGAAUGGCAGCGGUAUGCCUAAUCCUAGCCAAACCUUCGACCUUGAAGCUACACGAAGAAUGAUAAUGGCUUUCAAUAUCAACCUUGAAUACAUCGCCAAACAGCAACCGGAAUACAAACAUGUUACCCUCUCUGCAUCCGGCGUUAGCGAUCUAAGUGAUUACGACGUGACUGUAUCGAUUUGGCAAAGCACGCAUGGAACGCGCCGCCCGUGGUCCAGUGGAAGACCGGUUAUCUACUAUAUCCACGGCGGUGGGCAAAUAGCUGGAACCCGAUUCUUCGGUGUCACAGACGCCAUGGCGCACUUCUCGCCAGCGGACGACGUGGUCUUUGCGAGCCCGGAAUACAGGCUCGCGCCCGAGCAUCCAGCGCCCGCAGCUGCAUACGACGUGUAUGCAGGGCUACAGUAUCUCAUUUCACAUGCGAAAGAGUUAAAUAUCGACCCGGCAAGAAUCAUACUCUAUGGGAACUCAGGCGGCGCAGCAAUUGCGGCGUCAACCAGCCUCCUCGCGCGUCAACUCAACGGCCACAAAGUAGCCGCGUUAGUACUGAACAUUCCGAUGCUGGACGAUAGACACGAAAAUUAUGUGAGUGCAAGUCAGUUCCGGACAGAAACAAUAUGGCCUGGGUGGACGUAUGAGUGGGCCUGGAAUGCUAUCUUGGGGUCGGACAGGAAUGAUCCCACAGGCGUGAGGGUUGCCGGUCGGGCUGAAGAGCUAUCGAAUCUACCGCCAACAUUCAUUGAUGUUGGUGCCUGCGAAGUCUUCAGAGACGCGGCGGUCAAGUUUGCGACGAGGAUUUGGCAGGUCGGAGGAACCGCUGAACUACAUGUGUGGCCGGGGGUGUACCAUGGGGCCAGCAUGUUUGAGCCGCAGGUUGCCAUUGGAAAAGAAAUGGUGCGAUGUCAACAAGGGUUUCUGCAUAGGAUACUGGGGAUGAGCGGAUGA